AUGGCUGCAUUACCGAUCCCUUAUCUUUAUUUUGAUAUGUUCUUAACAGAAACUGCUCUCCAUAUUGCUUCGUUUGCAAGGUGUUUGGAAGUGUUGAUUGUUUUUGCCAGAUAUGUUGGAGUCUUUUACCCAAUGGCCUUCAAACACGUCUUCCGAAGACGCAAUUUGAUUGUUUUUAUGAUACUGAUAUCAUCUAUGGCUUAUGAAGUUAAUGGUAAGGCAAUAAUCAUUUUAAAGUUCUGUCAUAUUGAAGGAAAUUGCCUAAGGUCUUAUUCAACAUUAACCCUUGGCUACAACAUCGUUAAUACGACGCUGCUGACAGAAGAGUGCGACUACGACUAUGACAAUGCGUACUACUUACUUUCGUCAUGGGGACCGCUGUUAUUUUGUAUCAUACUGUCCGUAGUCACGGUCAUCAAGCUUCACUCAUUAAAUAAAGUAGGUUUUUGA